GGGGGGUAGAAGGAUCAACUACCUCUCCAGUACUAUGUAAACUAGCUUAUAUAGGGGAGGAGAGGCUCGGGUGAAGUAGGAACAAAAGUGAAUAAAGAAAGUGCUAAUGAGACUAGGUGACUAGGGGCUAAGUGGUAAGGGGAGGUGCCGGGUACGGAUAUUGGUCGUUAGGUACGAUAUCCGUACUAUUGGCUUUUGUGGAAAGUCGAGCGUUACAGAGAGUUCCCUGUUAGCGGACAUGGUCUUUCAAUUACAUCCGAGCCAUUCCUCGCUCCGAGUGGAACCUUGGAAAGUUACGAUUGUUCACCAACCAACAUGCAGGCAACCGAGGGCAUGGCAGCCCACUCAAAAACGGGGUUUUUACCAGUCUUGGGCGUCAUUGGUGCGCUGCAAAACAUCCUCGCACGUUCACAAGUGACUAUUCCAGACCUUGACACCCCAUACUCCAGGCUCCCAAAUACCGAUCAGUCUGCCAUGCACAGGGAUAUGGGUAUUGGCACCAUCAUCACCGAACGCCAACAUCAGUUGGAUGCAGUUUUGCAUGAGAUAUCGGACCUAGAGGCCAUCAUGGAUAGUAUUGAAAAUCUUCAGCAACAACUGGUCUUAAAGCAAGCCAAGAUCACGCAGUCGCUGAAUUUGCACAAGGGACUUGUAUCGCCUCUUUGGCGUUUGCCAAUUGAAGUCUUGUCCAAAAUUUUUCACCUCUGUCUCCCAGAGUUCGAUAAAUUCGAGAUGCCAUCAGAGCUCGACGCUCCCGUAGUGUUGACUAGAGUAUGCCAACGAUGGAGGGAGGUUGCUGUGGGCAUACCCAGUCUAUGGUCCAGACCAUCAUUAUCAUUCUGCCCCGGAGACCAGUGGGAGCGGCAAACCUUCUGUUAUGGCUCAUGGCUUGAGCGAUCACGAGGACGUCCGCUCUCGUUGACUCUCUGCUGGAACGACUGCCCAUAUGACUCGACCAAGAUACAAAGCCUUCUUCAGCCUUACACCCACCAAAUAUCAUCUCUCUCCAUCCAUUUUUCCCAACAAGACCCUGAGGACCAUCCCGAACUUCUGUUAGACGACCUUCCAGCACUUCGGGAGCUCAACAUUCUCACAAUGGACUUGACAUCUGUUGAAUAUUCCAUCGCGCAACUGCCGUCCACUGUGACCAAUCUCAAGAUCUUAUGGUCAUGUUUCACUUUCGAAACCCUACUAUUUCAUUCGAAUCCCGUGUGGACCCACCUGACAACCGUCGUGACGAGGAUGUCCGAACCAAACGCAUUUAUCCGCUUGCUCAAGUUAUGUCCUAACCUCUCCUCGUUAAUGAUUGGGAUGGCGUCCGAUAGCUUCCCGGUCUUCCGGCCAUUCACGCACACCAACCUCCAAUCCCUAUACAUCGUUUUUAACGACACAUCCGAUUUAGCGAGCCUGUUUAACAGUGUCUUACUCCCCAACUUGCGCGUGCUUGAAACUAGCUCUUGGAGCAAGUGGCCUCAUAAUGGGUUCAAGGCAUUUUUGACACAGUCAGCGUGUCCGCUGGAGAGCCUGAUAUUCAGCGGUCAUGCGACGCUGAAAGAUGCGUACCGAGCGGAAUACGUUGCCCUUAUCCCUUCCCUCGAUGUCAUAGUGGAUCCCAGUCGCCCUAAUUGCUAUGACUUAUAUAGCUAGUCGUUGCACAA